AUGCCCCCGCUCGUACGCUACCCCACCCCCAGCGCUGCCAGCAUUCACAGCUGGUGGUCGGACAGCAACCCGAGUGGGGCAACCAUCAACCUGCAUAGCGUGGCCCGGCCGCUCAUCCACGCGCUUUACUCACGCGAAGCACGCAAACUCACGACUUCUCCGCCGUACCUCCAGCAGUUCACGACAGAAGUGGCUGAGCAGUACCUUGGCUUCUUAGCAUGUGAUGUCAAGAUCGUCGGCGUUUCCGCCAAAGUCAUCAUCCUGCGCUCAAUCCAAGUGCAUCUCGGCUCCGCGCUGACCUUUGACGGCGAUUCAGCCCUCCUCUGCCACCUUUUCGCGGAUCCGACCUACGCGGAGAUUUGGUGCGAGCUGCUCACAUCACCUCAUAUCCAAAUCCAUCUGCUUGGGUGCUCUAUUCUCCGCCGUCUUUCUACGGAAUACGCCGGCGGAGUCAACUACCUCUCUCGGCCAUUCGUCCUUCAAACGGCAGUUACCCUCUGCGGGCUGCUAACGUCUCCCGUCCCGGAUUCUCUCUUCCACGCCACCGCCCACUCGACACUAGCGGCCCUGUGUAUCACACCAGUUGGCACAGACGUCGUUGUCGAAGCCCUGGAGAGCAACCCUGCCAUCGACACGCGCGAUUUCCUCGUUCGCGUUAUCAAGCUCCUCCUUGGCAGCGUCACGUUCAUUCGACUGUGUAUGUCUAUUUCGUCCCGCGCUGGGUGGCUCAUUGAGCCGGGAAACUUGAAACUCAAGGUCCCAUGGUCUUCUGUUGAUCCACAAGAAAUGGUUGUCUGCGCUGACGCUGCCCUACGACAUACUCUCGCACUGUCCAAAGAUCGGGAAGCUGACCUGACCCUGCUCCGCCAGGCCCCAGCCAUCCUGCAAGGGCCGGAGGACUUUAUGCAACAGCGUGAAUUCUUCUGCUGGUUUACGGGGGAGCUUGCCCUCAUGCGCGGCCACGAUGGAGGAGCAUCAGGCUCAGGCCCCAUUCCCACUGAUGAGCUCAUCAAGUGCCUGAACGCAGCAAUCGAAGAGGCAGAGCCGGCUACACGUCUGCCUGCUGCAGCAGGCUUUGCGCUGGAGGAGCUGCAGGUCUACAACUGGGCCCGAUAUCACCCCCGAGCGGUGCCAGUGUAG